UGACAUUGACAGGCAUUAUUUUCUCAGUUCUAGUUAUAGUAAAUAUUAGUGACUCAAUUCUGUUCCUUAUUUUUUUGCAUAAUAUGUUGUAUUUUAGAUGUGGGCUGGUAAUUUUAGCAACUACAUACAUUUUGUCACUUUGUUCCCAGAUUACUAAAGAUACAAGUUCCUUGGACACAGGAUUUGCGUUACUCUAUGUGGCCAGCGGAGCUAUAGCUGGCAAAAUCAUCUAUGACCGUUACCGGCAGAUCCACAUACUAGGCUCACUAACACCCAACCCAAACGUGACUUCCUUUGCAAAUAAGAUAUCUUCCCUCUCGGCCUCUCUCCUGUCGUUGGGCUUCCUGGUUUAUCUGUUUCUAUUUUUAUUGAAGGUUGAUAGUUAUGGCCUGACGGCGCUGAGUAUUUUUAUAUGCGGAUUCGGCACGUUGUACAUAUGGAUGCAGAGCCUGAUCACGACAUACCUCUCGACGUUGUACUACGACAAGGGUCUAACGACUCUCCGACAAUACCUCGCCAACGUGAGCUUCCUGGUUUUACUUGUUAUGGCGAUAUUCGGCACCCUCGUCUCCGUUCUACCUAAAGGUGGAACGCGCGGAGUGCACGCCUGUCUUGUUGUCACUUCCAUGUGUAGUUACGUGUUGACUGCUAUAUUUUGCGUCUUUAUACUGUCUUUUGAAAAAGAAUACGAAUAUUUUUCUGAUGGUUUACGUUCGGAGAUGCUGCUAGACGACGCUUGUUCAGUAACAAGCGGGUCUUUCUCGGACAUUAGCAUAUUUGGGACCCAACAAUCGAACUCCAGUACAAGCUUCAUAAAGGGUAACUCGGGCUCCGCCAAGACAUCCUGACCCGCGG